AUGUCUUCACAGACUGAAACUGAAUUUGCCGAGUUCGAUGCUAAGAACAGUUGGAAUGAAGUUUUUCAGAGAUUGAAAAAUGAGUCAUCCUUGGCAUCGCUGGGCGAACAUUUUUCAACAAAGGUUGCCAGAGAUCCAGACAAUCGACGCAAAAACCGCUACAGAGAUGUCAGUCCAUAUGAUCACAGCAGAGUGAAGUUGUCCGGAGAGAGCGAAUACAUCAAUGCCAGUUUUAUUGAGGUUCCAGAGGCCAACAGAAGAUACAUCCUUACCCAGGGCCCACUGGAACACACUAUGGGUGACUUCUGGCAGAUGAUUUGGGAACAGCAGAGCAGAGCUGUUGUCAUGCUCAACAGGGUUAUCGAGAAGGGCACGCUGAAAUGCUCCCAGUACUGGCCAUUGGGUGCAGGAUACGGGUAUGAGCAGGAGAUGUACUUUCCAGAGUGUGGUCUGAUGGUGACGCUGGUAGCGGAGAAGGAGUUUCAGCACUUUACACUGAGGAGUUUGGAGCUGGAAAAACUGGAGUCUGGCGAAAAACGGGAGCUUCUUCACUUCCAUUACACAACUUGGCCAGAUUUUGGUGUGCCGUCAUCGCCACAUGCCUUUCUUCAUUUCCUGCAUUCUGUUCGAGGAAGUGGGUCUCUUGGAGCGGACAUUGCACCAGCUGUAAUUCACUGCAGCGCCGGCAUCGGCCGAUCUGGAACCUUUUGUCUCGUGGACUCCUGCUUGGUGAUGGUGGAAAACAGCGGCACUCUGAAGGAGAUCGACGUGAGGAAGUUGCUCAUUAAGAUGCGCACCUACAGAAUGGGGCUGGUCCAGACAGCCGACCAGCUGAGGUUUUCCUAUCAGGCAAUCGUAGAAGGAGCACAUGCCAUCUUGAGUGAGCACGGACUUGAGGAUAUCCAGCUUCCGACUCUCUCUUGGAACCAGAACCACGCAGACAGCCAGCCCAGUCACACGACGGACAAGGCCGUCAGGAUCGACCAGAACGGGCUCAGCCUCCUGCAGACUCUAGAAGAACCUCCACCACCUCUACCACCAAAGAAGGGUCCGGUCUCGGCACACGCCGGCAUGAAUGGCUGGGGGGAAGAGGAGGAUGAGGAAUCCGAGGAUGAGGAAAUGUUGAUCAAUGAACGAGUUACUGAUGAUGAGAACGAUGGUUAUAAUGACGAUGAUGAGUUUGAUCAGCUGGUUGAUAGGAGUGAAAGUGAUAGUCUUGACGGCAGUGAUGAUUCGGACAAAGAGAUCAGAAUCACAAACACGCUGCAUCAGAUUCGACAAGAGAGGAAGAAACAAACGGCCGAGCAGAUUCUGAAGAUGAAGGAGAGGCAGCAGAAGAGUGAGCGCUUGCGAGCAGCAAAGUCGCACACCCAUAAUUCCAUGUACAUAGGUCUGGCGGUCGUCAUCGGAGCCGCAGCCGUCAUUAUCUACAAAUAUUUUUUGUGA